UGUCGACAAAACACAAACCGCCACAAGGUCACAAGCCCAGCCAGGACACCUUUGCAAAGAGCAGCGUCCUCUCUCUCUCUCUCUCGCCCCUCUCUCUCUCUCUUGCCACGUUUGUUAUUGUGAGCAUCACCAUCGGACGAAACGAACAAACGCAAAGCAGGGAGCACGCAAAGAGAUCGAAGAGAACAAAGGAUAGACGAGACAAGAACACAACAACCAAACAGCACCCGACCACGGACGAGCAGACAGCGUCGUCAGUUCGACACUCCCACACCUGCAAUCGACUGCAAGCGCCUGCAACACCGCAUUACCUUUGUUUUGGACCACAGCAAGGUUGACCUGCUGAAGCAGACACCUGGCGUAUUACACGAAGCUCCAAAGGCAACCAACGAAACAAGGCCUUCGUGCAGGCACAUUGUUCGCGUGACCCGUCACAGCCCCACAGUCAGGCAUGAGCAACUACCCGAACCAAGGGACUGACCAUGAAGACCAACGCGAACCCACGCUGCCUUUUGCGACGUUGGAGCAGCAGCAGCAAGCGCAGGCAACUGCGGGGCCAAGCGAGGACUUGGCCUGGAGCACCGUGUCACUCCUUCCAUCCUCUUCCCUGUACCAUCAAGCCACAGCACCUCCUCUCCAGCCACGGCAACAGGUCCCGCAGCACGUGCCGGCCCGAGACCAACCGCAACACCGAACCGUGUCCGACACGGAGGCUUCGCCAACCUCGACAACGAUGCCACGUGCACCGUUCCAGCAACAACAGCAACAACAGCAACAACAGCAACAACAGCAACAGCAGUUGCAACGACAACAGCAGUUGCAACGACAACAGCAGCAACAGCAGCAACAGCAGCAGCAGCAGCAGCAGGCAACACAGCGACUCUCCCCACUACCACUGUAUGAAAUGCCAUACGAGCAGCAGUAUAUCCCGACGUUGGGCCAGGGCUCAUCAAGUGGGGAUGUGGAUGCGCCGGAGCAGCCGCCGCAGGCCUCGCCCUUCGGCCACGCACCACCACGCAACUGCCAGCAGCAGCAGCAGGAACAGCAGCAGCAGCAGGACCAGGACCAGCAGCAUCAACAAGAACUGCAGCACCAACAGCAGCACCAACAGCAAUAG